AGCGAGCGGGGCUCUGACUCCAGCAGCAGUGCGGCUUUAAGAUGAUGAAGGCUGUGAAAUUUAUCGCUGGCUCCUCCUCCCGCGAUGAUGUCAAUCGGAGGUGGAGAGGUGGGCAGUACUAAGGAACUGAGUUCAUACAAUACAACAGAGAUUGCUAGAGCUCUGCGUACAACUACGGCAAAACGCCUAUCUCAGUGUGUGGAAGUGAUGCUGCACCUUAUAGGCACACUGCCCACCUGCUCCGUUGCACUGACAGCCCAUGAGCAUUUCUCCAAAUAGAUAUUUGCUCUCUAUCACUCUGCCAAACCACGGGAUGACAUUAAAUGACGCGUCCGAGGAUGUUUUAAAUGAUUUACAAGUUUUUUAGCUGUUAAUUAAACGCACAAAGAAAAAGAAAACAACUUCACUAAACAGUUUACGCACACGCGAGGAGCAUUCCCAGGUUUUCCCGUGAUGACUGUAUGAAUGCACUGAAAUAAGAAGUACUGCACAUUGACAAACCCAUUUGGAGCACCACUAUCUCUCCGCGCGCGUGGGAUUCAAGCAGUAGCCAGGCGCGAGACAUCUGAGGAAUUACAUCGUCUCUUCUAAAAGUCAUUCACAGAUGUUUUUCGCUGCUCGUGCGUGGACCGUGGACUUUUUCAUGGACAUGGAUCGUUUUCUCUAGUUGGAUACCGACUGGUCACUACGUGAAGCUGUUUGAUUCUGGGAUUUUCUUCAGUCUGCUUCACGGCACUUCAUCUCCUCCAGCAGUGAUGCCGCUACGUGACGGGAAUUGAGAGUUUCUAUAUUCACUGAGAAAUCCGAGACCUUGCAGAUCUUUGAAGAGAGUGCAGCACCUACUCUGAGUAUGGACUUGGCAAGUGAGGCCCAUGUUCUGGUGGUUUUACUCACCUGCUUAUUCUUGAUGUGCCGGGCUCAAGAGAAGGACUACACAGUAAAAGAGGAGCAGCCGGAGAAUGUGCGAAUCGGAAACCUGCGCAAAGACCUAAACUUGAACCUAGAUCCAGACGUUAAACUGUCUUCAGCACUGCAGUUCAAACCUGUCUACAAGACAGGUGAUGUGCCUUUGGUCAAGGUAGAAGCCAGCACGGGAGAGAUUUUCACCACAGCCAACCGCAUCGACCGCGAGAAACUCUGCUCCGGAGUCUUCAAUGAGAAACGCUGCUUUUACGAGAUCGAGGUUGCCGUGCUACCUGACGAGAUUUUCCGACUGGUCAAGAUACGCUUCCUCAUCGAAGACAUCAACGACAACGCCCCACUCUUCCAGUCGACGGUUAUCAACAUCUCCAUUCCAGAAAACACUGCCAUCAACAGUCGCUACCCUGUCCCCUCUGCAUUUGACCCUGAUAUAGGAAUCAAUGGGAUUCAACACUACGAGCUUGUCAAGAGUGUGAGCGAAUUUGGCCUGGACAUCAUUGAGACGCCUGAAGGAGACAAAUGGCCCCAACUCAUAGUUCAGCAGAGCCUCGAUCGGGAGACGAAGGACACCUUUGUGAUGAAAAUUAAAGUAGAGGAUGGUGGCACCCCUCCAAAGUCCAGCACAGCCAUUCUGCAGGUGACCGUCUCAGAUGUGAAUGACAAUCGGCCGGUGUUCAAGGACAGCGAGGUGGAGGUAAACGUUCCUGAGAAUGCCCCAAUGGGAACAUCUGUCACUCACCUUCAUGCCACAGAUGCUGAUCUGGGGUCCAAUGCUCAGAUUCACUUCUCCUUCAGCAACCAAAUCUCCCCUGCCACCAAACGACAUUUUGCUAUUGACAGCACAACUGGACUGAUUACCGUCAAGCAGCCACUGGACAGGGAAGUCAACCCAGUGCACAAGCUCAUAGUGCUGGCCAGUGACGGAAGCUCUACGCCUUCAAGGGCUACAGUGAUAGUCAAUGUAACAGACAUUAAUGACAACGUCCCCUCUAUAGAUACCCGUUAUAUAAUUAAUCUAGUUAAUGGCACUGUGCUGUUGUCUGAAAAUGCCCCCCUUAACACAAAAAUAGCUUUAAUUACGGUGACAGACAGAGAUGCGGACCUGAACGGUAAAGUGACUUGUUAUACUGAUCAUGAUGUACCUUUCAGAUUGAAGCCGGUCUUCAAUGACCAGUUUUUGCUCGAAACUGCCGCACCCUUAGAUUAUGAGACCACUCGAGAGUAUGCGAUUAGAAUAGUCGCAUCCGACUCGGGGAAACCUCCUUUGAACACUUCAGCAAUGGUUCUGAUUAAAAUCAAGGAUGAGAAUGACAAUGUCCCAGUUUUCCCUCAGCCUGAAAUCCAGUUGUCCAUUCCGGAAAACAAUGACCCCGGCACACAGUUGAUAAAAAUCAGUGCGACAGAUGCAGAUAGUGGUUCUAAUGCCCUUAUUAUUUAUAGUCUUGGUCCAGAUGCUCCUGAUGGGUUUAACAUAGAUCCCCGGUCUGGUAUCCUUUCUGUUGUCAAAAGGCUGGAUAGAGAGAAGCAGGAGAAGUAUUCAUUUACGGUCAUUGCCAGGGAUAAUGGUUCUACCCCUCUUCAAAGCAACGUCACCGUAAAGCUAAUAGUCCAAGACCAAAAUGACAACAGUCCAGCCUUUACCCAUCCCGAGUACAACUUCUAUGUGCCUGAGAACCUGCCUUUGUAUGGAACAGUCGGUUUGAUCACUGUCACGGAUGCAGAUGCUGGCGACAAUGCAGUCGUCACCCUCUCGAUCAUAAACGGAAAGGACAAUUUCAUCAUCGACCCAAAAACCGGGGUGAUCAAACCAAACAUUACCUUCGACAGGGAGCAACAAAGUUCCUACACAUUUGUUGUCAAGGCUGUGGACGCAGGUCAAAUGCAAACCACCUCAUAUGCCAAGGUUACCAUAAACGUUGUUGAUGUGAAUGACAAUCGACCGGUGUUUGUCAUCCCCUCUUCGAACUACUCCUAUGAUCUAGUACCUUCAACCACCAGCCCUGGAUCUGUGGUGACCAGAGUGUUUGCCAUUGACAAUGACACUGGGAUGAAUGCAGAGCUGCAGUAUAGUAUUAUUGGAGGGUCGCCGAGAGGAUUGUUUGCCAUUGACAAAACGACAGGCAACAUUACUCUGCAGGAGAAGAUUAUAGCGACAGACCAAGGUCUCCAUAGGCUGGUGGUAAAGGUUAAGGAUUUGGGACAGCCUGAGUCCUUGCAUGCGAUCGCCCUUGUUCAUUUGUUUGUGAAUGAUACUGUCUCCAAUGCCACGUUCAUCCAGGAGCAACUACGCAAGAGUUUGGAGACGCCCUUGGAGCGGAACAUUGGGGAAAACGAUGUGACACCCCAGACCAAUGGCUACGUAAUUGUUGUUAUUGCCAUAAUUGCUGGGACUAUGACUGUUAUCUUGGUGAUCUUUGUGACUGCUUUGGUACGCUGUCGACAGACACCGAGACACAAAGUUGUCCAAAAGAGCAAGCAGAGUGGUGAGUGGGUAUCACCAAACCAGGAAGGUCGGCAGAUUAAAAAGAAAAAGAAGAAGAAGAAGAGGUCUCCAAAAAGUUUGCUAUUGAAUUUUGUAACCAUCGAGGAGCCCAAGUCUGAUGACCCUACUCAUGAGCACAUCAAUGGCACCUUAGACCUCCCUGUUGAACUUGAGGAGCAGACAAUGGGAAAGUACAACUGGGCUACCACACCGACUACCUUCAAACCUGACAGUCCUGACUUAGCCAAGCACUACAAAUCCGCUUCCCCUCAGCCAACAUUCCAGAUCAAACCCGAGACCCCUGUGGCUCCCAAGAAGCAUCAUGUCAUCCAGGAACUCCCACUGGACAACACAUUCGUGGUGGGCUGUGACUCACUCUCCAAAUGUUCCUCCAGCAGCUCCGACCCCUACAGCGUUUCAGAGUGCAGCUGUCAAGGGAGCUUCAAGGCACCUGGACAAAUCCACACCAGACAGAACCAGAGCCAGACCCCAGAUAAAACAUUCCCUGUUGUCCCAGCCACGUGCCCUCACAAGCAGACGCAACGCCGCGUGACCUUCCACCUCCCGGACGGCUCUCAGGAGAGCUGCAGUGACAGCGGGCUUGGAGAGCAGGAGCCCAACAGCAGUGCCAGCACCACCCAGCCUCUGCCCUUGGGCUUCCCUCAGGAAGAGUACUAUGAACAGACCUCACCGAACAGCCGCACUGAGGGUGACGGCAACUCCGACCCCGAGUCCACUAUCGAAGUGAACCUGCAGAAGGCUCUCGCCGAAGCCUCGGAGACCUGUACCCAGGAAUGUCUGAUCCUGGGUCAUUCUGACAGCUGCUGGAUGCCGCCAGCGCUGACCCAAUUCCAGACGUCCAGCGCCGCCACUCUGCCCUCCUUUGGUUUUCAACAAAGCUGGGCGCGGGGGACCAAGCCAGAUGGGCGUCACACCCUUGGCAGGUCAGUGCCCAAAGAUGAUCUGGACAAAGGGAGCAACCGGCCCCAAUUCUACAACACACUUGAGAGACACUGCAGCAAGAAAGAGGAUCCUGUCAAGGUCAUCCCUCUAGCCAGCUUUUCCGCCAUGUCCAGCCCCCAGACGUCCGCGGGCGGAAGCGCCUUCCUGCACGAGCAUCAGCUGUAGAAGCGAGGGUAGGCCUCGGAGCACGGCAUAAUGAGAGCGAUUGAAAACGAAAACCUGAUGGGUACUGAUGAAUAUUAGCAUCUGUCAAAUGUUUCAUGACACGGCAGAAGUUAAAGCAAAGGACAGCAGCUUUCGAGAUCAUCUAUGAAACUGAAAUAUGUACAGUAGACAAAUGGUAGAUAUAGACCAAAGUAGCUCCUCAAGUAAAAAAAAAAAAAAAAAAAAAAAAUGUCUUAGUGACAGAUUAGUGGCAACUGAGUUAAGCUUUACUGCUGAUCAAAAGGGAUGAGUUUUUUUUAUUUCAUUGUUUGUGCGCCUUUUGAAUGUGACUUGACAUAGCAAAUUACUUUUAAGUGUGUGCUGCUGGAAGAUAUCAUCGCAUAUGUUUACAUGCACACCGAUAUUCCUACUAAAUUAUGCAACUGCAGUAUUAAGAAGAAAUAAAAACUCACGUAAGCACCAUGUUCCUGUUACUUAUAGAAAAUGUGUGCAUAUUUCGCACAUUAAUUGGUCUAAUUUUAAAUCCGUAUGCUUGCAUUUGAGCAGUUGGUGGUCUUCGCAAGUUUAAUUGGCGCUCACUAACAGCAAAGCCAGUGCUUAUUUCUUUGUGCUUUGCACAUGACUGCAGACACAAUAACAUAACAAUAAAAAUUAGGCUCCGAGUUAAGAACCACAUUUGGAAUAUUGCGACGCAUGUAAGCGUAGUCAAUAAGGUUAAGUGUUAUGUGUGAGCGCUGGGUGAUUCCAGUAUUUCCUUCGGCUUCGGAGAGGUGCGAUGUUUGCAGCUGAAUUUCCGCCUGAGUCAGUUUUAUUCUGCUAAAGAGACCUAGUUCCAUGCCUCUUAAUGUGCUGCUUACUCUGUCAAGACUACAGAUACAGCUAAGCCUCUCUGCAAAAAUUAGUCUUGCUCUGUGUUAACACGUAGAAACUUUUAUAUAUUAGGGUGCUUUUUUCUUCUUAAACUUUGACGUUAGCUCUUCUCUCCCUGGUGAGCUUAAAGCCUUCCUCUGAUGUUCAGUGUGUUGGUAGUUUCCAUGCAUCUGACACCCUUUCUCUCCCAUUAUAAGAAACCCGCUUAUUUGCAACAUUAUCUCAUUAGCUGGGGCACAGACAUGGCUAAAAAGACAUCCUUUGUUUUGUUUUUCCGCAAUACUACGUCAAGUUUUUCUCUUAAUAUAUACAACGUAUGCACCACAAUAAGUGCUAUGGAACCAAUUACAAGAAUCUCCCAAUAGUAUAAUUACUUUGAUCAGUAAUCACUGUUAAAGAAGCAGAGUGCUGCUCUAUAAUAGCGUAAUUGGCUACCUUUUGUAUGCGUGUGUAUGCGCGUGCUUGUUAGCUAAAUGGUGCGCACCUCUUUUUAAACUUAUGAAAAAAUAAGCGUUUGUGAGAUUUAUAUAUAAUGAUGUCAAAGAAACAGCCUUAAGAUGUAGUAUGUGUAUUGUAUGGAUGUGAUGACUGCUAAGUGAAGUAGAAGUUUACUUACAAUCGUGUCACUUUUUCGUCCAAACAUUCAGUAUAUAUUCAAACAGAGACAUCAAGUAAUCCCUUAAAGAGGCUGUGCGGGUUGAGAAAUCAGCACAAAUUUAAUUCGCUAACGGUUCUACUUAGUAUAUACUGAUGACACCGAAAUAUUUGGGUCAGUGAUCCAAAAAAUUACUUCACUAUAAAAUAGUGUGUGUGCCAGUGACAAGAAACGUGUCGCAGCGAAGACGUGUUGGAGUGUGUUGCUCUUUGAUGUGAGAGAACUGACAAUCGCUCCGUCAGCUGGUCCCUAAACAACAGUGUAAAAUCUGUCGAACGCUCUUGAUUAAGAGGAAUAAUUGCAGUGUGGGACUCUAUCAAAGGAAGGUGCCCUGUCUUACUCUCAAGCUCUUGCAUGUCUGCUAGCUGCGAAUGCGUUGCUGGGUCAAGAGUAUCGAGCGACGGUGUGAGGAUGGCGACUCAACUCGCACUCUCCUAAUCCACACGAUAGAUCUGAAAAGCUCAAAAGACAAGGUAUAUUAGCCGUAGUGUCUGUAUUACAUAAGACUGUUUGAAAAUCUGCUUCUGUUCAUUCAUCGCACUACAGAAAUCACCUAGUUGCAAAUUAUUGAAAGAUUAUCAUCAGAUUUUGGAUGUCUUUUGAGCUUCCAAUAAAUAAAAACAAUGAUUUUUUUUUUAAGAAGAGAGCUGUAGAGCUUCAUAACACAUGAAAAAUAUUGACUUUUUGUUCAGAAUUGGAUGCUUUUAGAGGUUUUACAUUCUUAAAGUCAACAUGAAAUCAAACCAAUUCAUCUGUACACAUUUUUCUUUAAAGGAAAAAAUUCUGAUCUACUAGGGGUGUGCAGCGGAGCCAAUAUCUGUAUCUGUAACAAUCUCACAAUUAUUCGUAUCGUUAUCUAUAUUCGGAUAAAACCGAAAGUGGGUGGUGCUCUAACCGGAAGUUUGUAAUAUUACAUUCUAAAAAUGCUGGGUUGCAAAUGGACAAAUCCAGCGAUUGGGUUAAAUGUUUACCCAACCCAACUACAGCAGGUUGGGCAAACGUUUAACCCAAUCGCUGGGUUAAAACAACCCAAUUUCUGGGUCCAUUUUCGACCCAACCCAGCAUUUUUUAGAUUGUACUUUUUUUACGUUUAAAAUGUAAUUCAGGUUCCUUCAUGGUUAUCAUUUAACAAAUAUGCCUUGUAUAACUUUUUUUUUUUUUUAUAAUUAUAACAUUUAUUUAAAUAUCUUCUAAUAUCAUAUCAGAGCUGAUAUGCAUUCCAAUGUCAAAUUUGAACAAAUGAUAAAGAAUACAUAAAUGCUUGCCAUCUCCCAUGAGAGAGUGAGACUGAGAAACAUAUAUAGCCUAUCAUAUCAUACAAGGGUUAAAACAUUUAAAUAGGUGUAUCAAGUAGUAUAAAAUGUUUAUUAUUCGGUAUCGUAGUUGAUAUUACUCUUGAUAGAGAGCUCAUUUCUGAGAGACGUGCGGAGAUGGCAAUGUGGCUAUUUGGUUUGUAAUCAUGCUGUGCUUAUUUCAUUCAUUUGUGUAUCAUAUUGUACAAUUAAAGAGACAUAUCAAAUAGUAAAAAAAAAUAUAUUACCCUUGCCAAGCUACAGUAUGAAUUUUGAGAGACACACGGAGACAGCAACAUGGCUGUUUUAUAGACGGCUGAUUAAUGAGUUCACACUCAUUCACUUUGCACACUAAUUACAUACAGGUUUAUGUAUAAUAUCAUGCUAUCACCUGACUCACCUGUUAUCAAACACAAUGAGUGUCUGUGUCUGCCGAAUAUAUUAUUCGGUAGAAUUUGUUAUUCGUUUUGAAGCCAUUAUCCGUGCCUUUCCAGCUAAGGUAUUCGGCUUUGCGCACAUCCCUAUAAUCUACGUAUACUUUAAUUAAAACAUAAGCUGCUCUGUUUCUUUCAUUUUGCAUAACCAGGUGUAAAAUAUUCUGGGAUAGAAAUGACCACUUGUCAUGGUCCAGUCAUAUCCUGAUUGAUAAUAAUAAAGGAUUAGUUCACCUCAAAAUGAAAAUUCUGUCAUUAAUUACUCACCCUCAUGUCAUUCCACACCCGUAAGACCUUCGUUCAUCUUCGGUUCGGAGCGUGUAUCAA